CCCCCGAGGCGGCCCAGAAGAAGAAGAGAAAGGAGACGGCCUCGGCCAAUGAUACUCCCCAGGGGUCCGAAUCCCCGAUGAUGAAGGAUUUCGGCCACCCGAAAUAUGUCAAGGCGGCCUUCCCUGCAGGGGUCUCCUUUCUGGACCGGGACUACGACCCGGAGACCUUUCUGCGCAGCUUGACUCCUCUCACCGAUCGCGCCAAAAUCCAGGACGUCGACCGGGAAACUCUGGCCUCGGAUAUGUUUCACGAGAUGGGCUCGGCAAUGAUGCGCAUGGUCGACAUGAGCCAGCGGCUACGCACUAGCGAGGCUGACCGGAGCAGGGCUUAUGUUGAGAUAGCUGACCUCAACGAGGCGCUAAAGGCGGCCAAGGAGCAAGCUCGCCAGGCCGAGGAGCGGGCCCAGCAGCUCGCGGAGGAGGCUGCUCGCAAGGCGCGCCAGGAGGCUCGCGAUCAGGCCGUUGCCGAGUUCCUAGCAUCGGAUGCGUUUCAGGAGGAAGCCUUCGCUCGCAUGAAUGAUUUGUUCAAGGCAUGGGGGCAGACUCUUGAGGGGAAGGCAUUCGCUCGCUCCGAAGGGACGUCGUGGUACAACCUCGGUUUGUUCCGAGCGCAGCAGGUCCUUUCGGACAGGUUCCUCGCCGGGGAGGACUUCCCCGAGCCAAGCGACAAUCUUGAUGAGCUCGACACUUCCAUCUACUACCCGAAUGGAGGGAACCCAGCCGGCGAGCAGCCGAAUGCUGAGUGAUAUGACGUGAAGCUUUGUUGUAUUU